AAAGUCACCCUGAGUUCUUCACCCUGAAAUUUCGGUCGUGAAAUCGCGCGAAACUGGCCAAUAAAUUUGAGCCUGAAUCAUGGUUUCCAGUGUGGACGCGGGUGUGUCGCUGGUCGAGGCCAAGAUGAGCGACUGUAAGACCUUUGCCCUGUUCCUCAAGCACCUACACUUUCACGAGGACCUAUGUUUCAUCUUCACCCAACACGGUAUCAAACUUACCACUGAGGACUCCAAGAUCUUCCAAGCCAACGCCUUCCUCCAAAAGGAGCUAUUUAGAGAUUAUCAAUGGCACAGCAGCUUGGAAGAUGGUCAAGAAAUUGCCUUUGAUUUGGAUCUGCCGUCCUUGUUGGACGCCAUCUCCUUGUUUGGUGGCACUACUGCUUCGCUGUAUUUGCGUUACUUGGAAGGAAGACCUUUGCAAGUUUGGCUGGAAGAUCAAGGAGUUGUGGUUGAAGUUCACGUGAAGGUCCGAAGGCCUUGGGAGCCGGUGGACUUUAAUUUUGUCAAAGCAGCCAUAUCAGCCAAAAUCCUUUUCGCUGCCGAACAUAUGAAAGAGAUCCUCGGAGAUUUGGACGGCCUCAGUGAGUAUGUGGAGAUAAAGAUCCAUCAAGAACGCGCGUUAUUUCAGUUGAAGACAAAGAGUGCGAUUGGUGAUUGCACCAUCGAGAUCCCAGAGAGUAGUGAGUUGAUCUCGCAUUUUUCGGCUAACGAGGAUGUUGAGAUGACGUAUAAGGCCUUUUUACUCAAACAGGCUUUUAAACCUGUGGCUGCGGCCGAAAAAGUAUCUUUUAGAGUGAGUCCGGACGGGUUGCUCUGUAUUCAAUACAUGAUUCGCAUGGGAGAGGUCAAAAGUUUCCUGGAGUUCAUCUGUUGCCCGAGUGAAACAUCCGAUUAAUUGUUAAUUGUCAUAUUCAAUCAAAUUUGACACCUUUCGCUGCUUGUGAUUGAUCGUUUUUCGAAUAUGGACGUCCAAAAUUGGGCGGCGCUACUUUAUCCCGCAUUAAAACACCCAUGUAAUUUUAUGUA